UCUUGCAAAGCCACAAAACGAUACAAGUCGGAGUGUGGCUGAGGGUGACGCGAAGGUGUGUUUCUCUCGCUGUGGAAGGAUGGUCGGUCGGAGUUGGUGGAAGCGGUGUAGAGCAGCAGUUGAACACUGUCCAUGUUUCUGUGGGGGUGCGGCGGUGGUUGCCAUGACAGCAUAGUUGUCAAAGUGCCCCAUCGCCUUCAUUUAUUGACAACAAAUCAGAAAUCUUUCCACAUUUUUUUCUUUUCUACACUCUUGAGAAUUCUCAUCCAAAUCCACCUUCUGCGGAAGAAUGCCACAACAUUCUGUCGACCAGACAAGUAUCGUUCUCUCCGCGCAAAUGUUUGAGCAUGGAAGUUUGUAUUCCCACAGUCGGUGUAGUGUUGCGAGGGGAAACAAGACUGAUAGGUAAGGUUGUUAGUGAUCCUGUGUUCCGGGCAGUGCCAAGUAUGACACUGCAACACAACAGUUUUGAAGGGCUUGUAAAAUUGCGUCGCGUUGUGGUGCUCCAGUUGAUAUGGGGACGUUUGUAACUGCUGUGGUUGCUUACGGCGAGGAAGAAGAAGAUUACGAGGAAGAAUGUUAUGAAUCAGAGCAUUUGCCUCCCCUCUUAGAAGACGAGGAAAAUGUGUCCUUGGCGGACAUCCUGUCGCUGCGAGACAGCUGUCUGUCAGAGGAGGAGGUGCUGGCCGUGUGUGUGGAGUGUGUGUGCUCGCUCCAGGGCAUCGCUCUGUCGCCGCUCUUCCACACCCUCUGCAUCACGCCCGACACACUGGCCUUCAACGCCCACGGCAACGUGUGCUUCAUGGAGCAGCUCAGCGACGAUCCAGAAGGCUCCUUUGUACCUCCAGAAUUUGAUAGAACUGGGAGUACAUUUGAGGGUCACGUGUACUCGCUGGGCUGCACCCUCUGCGCGGCGCUGGACUUUGUCAUCGAGCCCGAGCUGAAGGCGGAGCUGGGGCCGGAGACCAAGAGGCUGCUGGAGCAGAUGCAGCAGGAGAAGCCAGAGGACAGGCCUCGUCCGCAGGACAUUCUGUCUUUAGGAGAGCUCAGACUCACAUCCAGCUCAUCGCUGACCAUCUGUCGCAAGCUGUCUUCCAUCGGAAGAAGAGUCCUGUCCAUUGAAUCAGUCACAACACUUCAAGAUCGAUGGGAGACAUCUUGGGAGAGUCACUGGAGGCAGGUGAAAGCCUGCCAACUGUUCUCAGAACAGUCCUCAGCCGAUGGGUGCAGCGGUUUGGGGCAGAACCACGUCAGCGACCGGGGUGCCGCAGCAAGCUGUGCCGACAUCAGCCAGGAAGAGGACUACCAGCCCCCACCACAGUGCCACUGCCCCCAGCCCUCUCCCUGGAGGCUGGGGGAAAAGGAGAGCUGUGAGAACGGCCUGAUGGGUAGAGAAGCUGGAGUCCCUGAGGGAGCGCAGGAGGUGUUCCAGACUCCAGGUGACAGCAGGUCCCAGAACAGCUCGCCCGUGCACUGUCGGGCCCCGGCGAGGAGGAGGCCCCCGUGGGCCGUCCUCCACCGCUCCUGGUCCGUCCCAGACUCGCACGACCCCCCACCGGCACUCUCCCCGCCCCCGCACCCUGACAUCAGCUCCCAUGUGGAUGACCUAACGGAGAUUGGGGCGGACGAACCUAGCGCAGGCCGGCCUCUCGUCUGGAACCAGGUGCUCCGGAGAGGGUCCGCGUCUGCUCCGCCGCCUGAGGAGACCUCUGGACCGCAGGUGUCGACUACCGGUGCUCACGCGCCCGCUAACGGCAGCGGAAGUGGAGUAGCUGAUUGGUCUGAGAACGAGGCCAUAGAUGACCAGACCUCUCCCUCCUCGUCAAGCGCGGAGACCAUUAGAGACAACCACAUGUACAGUCCGAAUAAUCACAUGACUAAAAGCAUGCUGUGCCUCAAUGAGGAAUCUCAGGAUGAGUGGAUCUCCCUGAGGGAGCUGCUCUCACGCUGUGCUCGGCCGCUGUCAGUGAAGGAGCUGUGGGCGCUCUGCUACACCUGUCUGGCCACUCUCCAGACCUACAUUGACUUCCCAGCGUAUUUGUGCCUGGAUACUGUGUAUGUGGGCUGUGAGGGUGACAUUCUAUUUCUGAAGCCUAAAACCACAGGAUCAUGUGAUGCCUUUUAUUUGGCACCCGAAUAUUUGGAGCAUGGCAUUGUGACAGAAAAGGCCUGUGUGUAUGGGGUGGCUGCCAUCCUCUGGGCCACAGCCAAGUUCAAUUUGUCCCCUAAUCAAAAGCUGGCCAUGCCCAGAAAACUGAAGAGGCUUCUGCUGGAGAUGGCAAAGAGGACCCCCAUCGAGAGGCCUACCAUUGUUAUGGCAAAGAAGAGCUGCCGUGAUUACCUGUCUCGCCAGGGCACUGCUGCAGAGGCUGUGUGGACCCAGCUCAUCAACAGAGUCCACAAAUCACCCAGUGGCAGACCUGGAGAGGCACACAGCGAUGUGGACAGCACACACUCAGAGGCACAGGUCAAAGCGGCCUUUAAGCCCAUAGCCAGCGAUGGCCACUUGGCUCCAGUCCUGGGCCCCAUUCCCCAUAGUUACCCAUUCACCACGGCGACACAUCUGCCCGAGGCCUUCACCUCUCCUGCCACACACUUCAUCCCCAUCGUCCUGGAGCGGAAUGAGGGCACGGACACGGAGCCACCCAGGGCUGAGACUGGCUCUGAGACGACUACAAAUGGAGUUCUGACGAGAACUGACAGUUCAUCCCCAGGGAGGCCGGAGGUGACAGCGAUCCGCCCACACGCCUCAGGCUCACCUCUCCCUGAUACAGGCUCGGACCUGACAGAGGCUGACUGGGGUGUGGCUUCCAAAGCGGUGGGCGGGCUUACACAAGACGACCACUCCUCCUCCUCCUCAAGUAGCCAGACUCUUGUCAGUUCUACCCCUCCGGUCCACCAUUCAGCUAAUCAGGAGGGAGACACCGGGGUUACUGCUCCACCCAAUAAUUGCAUGCCUGUUUUCAACAACUUCCUCCUGCAUCAGGACCCCCAGACAGGGAAGGUCACCCUGGUGCCCGUGCAGAUAGCCACUGCACAGCCUUUCACAGGACUAGACCUUUCCGCUCUGCCCUUGACCACAGGGUCAGUUCAGAGUCAUAUAUCCCAUUCACACAUGUCGGACAUUAUAAACGGCUCUUUGAAAAGUGUAGCUGGAAGUACUGGUGCGACUGCGUCUCAUCGUCAGACCGACUCCUCACCUGGCUGCUCAACUAUCCUCGAUGCAUGUGCUCCUAGAGGAAGACCACAGGUGAGGACCACUCCAAGCCACCACAAGCCGGACCCUUCUCUUCCCCUUUCCCGCCAAUCCUGCUGUCCGGCUCUGCUGCACGUCAUUGCCCUGCUCAGGGAACAGUUUGCCUACGACGGCUACAUGGAGAAUGGAAUUCACGACCUGGCCAUGGGGCAGUACAUCUUCUCCCUGAGGGAUUUGCAGUUUGAGACCUUCUGCCGUGUCAUCACGGAGAAGUUCUAUGACCUGUACUGGGAAGAGGAACUCCUGGCUGUGCUGUACUGCACUGUCAAUUAUGACCUUCUUUCUGUAGCCUCUAAUGAACAGGCACCAUCAAAGCCAGUAGAAAGGGCAUCCCCAUCACCCCAGAGUGCAGGGCGGAGAGACCACACACACCAGGUGGAGAGCUCCCACCUCGACUCCCAUGCCAACCCACGGCCGGCUAACUCACUCGCUGCCCCAACGCUAGACCUGCCACACCCACCAGAACUACACAGGGAGAAGAAGGGGAACACCACUGAACUCAGAACAACAGAGAACGCACCCAAACGCAAGAGCACCCACGAGAAGACAACAACUCCAUGUCUGCAGGAACGAAAACAGGAAGUGAUAUCAAAGGAGAGUAGAGGGCAUGGUGCCACAGUGGAGGUGAGAGGUGUCAGGGGCUCACUCGGGGGGCUGAUGGAGGGCACGGGGUCUCCCGCUGAGGAAGCCCCUGAUGAAAGCCCAUCUGAGCCCCUGAGCCCGUUGGAGGGCUGGGAGGAGCUCGGGGGUCCAGGCGGUGGUCUGGCUAGCCGGCUCGGGCUGGAGCUCGACCCUGGCGAUUCGGGAUCGUCUGGCCAGCUGCACCACGACUCCUCUGUGGACAUGGAGGACGCCGACUCGCUGGGCUCCAACAGCCUCGGGGCACUCGGCGGCUUGGCCAGAGGUGGCCCCCACGGGCUCGGCUGCCACAGGCCGGCCUGGGCUCUGGCCCUCCACGCGCAGGAGUGCUUCAACCAGGAGGUGGUGAGGUACGCUGGGCAGCUCGGACGUCACGGCAAGGGUUCCUCGAGUCUGGAGGAGAAAGCCCAGGAACUUCACCAGCAGUUGACCAUAGAGACCAGAAACAUGAGGAAGACCAGAAAUUUCCACCACAAGUUACUUAAACAAGAACGGAAAAACAAAGGAUCGGAAGCGAAAGUUAUGCUGUCAAAACUAAAGAUUCAGUUUGAGGAGCAGAGGACCAAAGUGGAGUUUCUAGACGCUGUGAGAAAGUACCUUGAGGUGUUGUGUUUGGACCAGCAGGGUGUGGAUGUGUCUUUGCUGCCUUCUCUGGCCAAGGGAGGCUCUGGUGGCCUGGAGAUCCAGCCUCAGGAUGACCCAGCACUGUUGACUCUGCUGCCCGAGGCGAGGAAGGGGAAAGGGGGCUUGGCAGGAAGCGGCAGCAGUCUCCUGGUGUCAGGGACCCCUCUGGGCCUCAUGUCCUACCUAUAUGCCAGAGAUGCUCACAUCGAGGGCUACAUCCAACAGUUCCUCUACACAUACCGUUACUUCUGCAAACCUGAAGAAGUUCUGCAGUUUUUAAUGGAGACCUUCAGGAGAGUGUCAGGUGAAAAUCAGGACGACCCCUCCUCAGAUGCCACUAAGGUUUUUAACCGCUCGCUGGACCUUCUGCACUGUUGGGUAGAGGACUGUCGGCUGGUGGACUUCCCCUCCAAAUCAGGGUUCCAGCAGACCCUCACCACCUUCCUCUGCUCAGAGGUGGCGCCACUGGACUGCCGAGGAGAGAGCUUGCUUGCUGUGCUCCAGGGUGAGCUGGAGAAGAGAUGGAGCCAAGGGGAGUCUGCUCCCUGCUGGGGCCCAGACUGUGCUCUGGAGGACGGGGACGCCCAGUCAGUUCAUGCCCUCUGCAGGAGGACGUCAGUCGAUGACGGAAGCAAAAAGAGCUUCCAGUGGCGUCUCUCCCGUGUGGUGGAGCCCCAGCCUAAGGAGCCGGUGUUCUCCAUCGCGGCGGUGCUGCCACGGCCCUGCUACUCGUCCCUGCUCAAGCAGCUGGGUCCCACGGCCUGCCUGAGGGCUGAGGAGCGCCUGCCCUUCAGCCAGCAGCAGCACAGUGCACAGCACACUGCCCAGCAGCUUACACUGCUCGAGCAGGAGAUGUUCCACAGCUGUCACCCAGUUCACUUCCUCAACUCACGAGCUCAAGGGGUCAAAGACAAGACCGUGUCCAGAUGCGUGUCUUCUGAAGCGGUGCCUGCGGAGGGCGCCGGUCACGGCCUGUCCGAGGCCUCGCCACAGGAGUCACCUCUGCUUCAUCUGCUGAGAUACGCCGACAGCGUCACCAACUGGGUCUCCGCCGAGAUCGUCAUCUGCGACUCCGUCAAGGUGCAGACAGCUCUGCUCGCCAAGUUCUUGUCCAUAGCUAAGUGCUGCUACGAGUCUAGAAAUUUCGCCACGGCCAUGCAGAUCCUCGCCGGUCUGGAGAAUGUCAUCAUUCGGCAAUUACCCGCAUGGAAGCAUCUCAGUGUGAAAGUGUGUGAGAUUAUUGAGGAACUUCGAGCUGUUCAGGUGUUCCUGCGGAGCGACAGCCUGUGCCUGGUGGAGGGGGAUCCCCUGCGGGUGAAGCCCACUCUGCCCGACGCCAACGUCCUGGCCCUGCACCUCCAGCAGCUGGAGAUAGGAGCCUUCACGCUCACCACCGGUGCCUACAAGUGGCCCAAACUGAGGACCAUAGGUCGAGUGGUGAGCCAGGUCCAUGCGUUCCAGGAGUUUCCAUACCCCUACGCCGCUGACCCAGAGUUCCAGGCCUACUUGCGCGUGCGCAUCUCUCACCUGGGCUCCUGCGACGUGCCACUCCUCGCCGCAGACAACGAGGCCAACUUCCACCAGCUCCCCAGCAGUGACCGGCACUCGCGCCGCAUCCAGGAGACUCUGCGCCGCGUCAGGGCCACCUUUCAGUGAGGCCAUCUCUCCCCUUGCCGGACACGACAGUUUGAUGCUAUGACCCCCAUCAGAUCUGAUUAAAACGAGGACGUGGGGAGCCUCAUGAUUGGGACAUGGUGUUGUAUACCAAGGCCAAAAUGUGUUGGGUUUCAGUGGGUUUUGUGUGAUGUCCCUGGUACACAUGAAUAAAUACAGUACCUCCUGAAUUGGCUGGACUGAGAAGGCAGAGGAGGAUGUGUCCUGGGCCAGUGCAAGCCAGUACAACCGGGCUGACCGGGAGCAAUGUAUCCAACAGUGUGAUGAAUGUUGUUGGCAAGCGCAAGUCUGGUGUAUUGUAAUGUCGAUCUUGACGUCCUACCAGUGUAAAGGGUUCUUGAAAAGGCCACACUAAAUUAUACAAGGUUUUAUUUGUUUUAAUGGUACAGUUUAUAAUGGUUGUGGCAUCAGGAUAGGCUAGUAAAUGUUUCCUUCUCCACCGUGUAGCUAUUUGGAUGGCUACCCAUAGUCACAAAAAAGCAGAAAGCAUCUUAUGGCCUGCUUGGGUGUGUUAACUGCUUCUCUUUCUUUUGAUGCCAAAAAAUGCAUGGAGUGUGAAACAAAAGAGUAACCCAUAUCUAACCACAGUGAUGAAAAAGUAUUUUAAGAUUCUUACGAUUUUAUCCAAUUUUUGUUGCAGGGAGAUGUCUGUGACUGAUGCUAGUAAGGUUUGAAUUUCCUGGGCAGUUACUGACUGGAGAGUGUUCUGUUGUUCAGGUGCCAGAGUGUGCCCGUGUUUUUAUGAAACUGUCAUUUUGACACUUCACUGCACUUCACAAUAUAUUACAACAAGAAAACAACUUUAUACUUUACAAUUUACUUUAGGUAAUGUACCAAUUCUAAUGUAUGUUAUUCAAUAAUGUCAUUUUACGUACCUUACAAACAUACAUGCCCAGGCAGAUAAAUGGUGAAACAUCUUAAAAGCAUGUUGUUUUUUUUCUAUAGCGAUAUAGCCAUAGCGUGCCAAAUUAUUUGAAUGGCGCCAGAAUCUCUGUGCAUAGGUGAAAGCAUGGGGGGGGGGGGCAAUUUGUCACGAAAUUGUCACAUUCGGAGCAAGGAAAUAGCUCUCUUGGGGGGCUACCGUACCGAGUCUCCACUAAGGCUGACCCCUCCCUUAUUGUUUUCUUGUGGGGGAUCAGUGGCUGCAGCUUCAAAGCGACACAGAUAAAGGCCGUAAUUGGAAAGCAAAAGACGCCGAGCCCUCCAAGGUAGAGAUCACCGAUAAGGGAAACAUUCAACAUGCCGCGGACAGCAUUGUUCUUACUAAACGAUACUUUUAGUGCCAUUGUGUCCUGGCCAUAGGAUGUCACGCAGGUCAAAGGGAUUUAAACACUUUGAGGAGUUGCACACAGAGAGAAUAAACGCCUCAGCGCUUCGCUUGUCUUCA